GAUAGACUUGCUGCUGCUCUUUAGCUGUUGUUUAAAAUGGUUCACAAGCGCCAUAAACUAUAUUCUGUUAUCCUUCUUGACUGUGCUGGAGCUAUAUCCGCAUCAAAUCAGCUUCACAUAACAUGUGUGUUGGAACUUCCUUCAUUAGAUGUGAACUUUGAAGUAGCUAUGAGACUUUAAAGGCAUGAAUCCCAACAUAGGACAGUCACUAUCCGAGCUUUUCGAUCGUUCCUACUCUCUACCAUCAAACCUAACAGACCUUGGGAUUAUUUAAGCACCUAGGGUGGCCCAUAUUCAUCUCUCUUUGUUUAUAUUCAUUCAUACCUAUCCAUCAGCCAAGUUAUAUCGUUAUUGGAAAGGCCCAAGAACAUCACCGCAUACUAUCAGAUUUUACCACUACGCCAAAGGCAGUCAAAUAUCCAAACCGCAAUCAUGAGUGGCAUGCCGGCACACUGGAGCGCAGAGGCCGACCGAGCUCUCUUGGUGGCUAUCAUAUUCUCCAACCAAGGGAUCAGUCUUCACAAUAUUCACGAUGCUAAUUGGCCAUCCAUCUCUGCCAGCAUGGAAAGCCUAGGCGUGUAUGGCACCCCAGAGUCCGCCAGGGAGCGAUGGUACAAUGUUCUUAGAAACCUGGCUUUAUAUGGAGAGGUACACCGUAGUAUCCUGCCUCAAGCCCCGUUCAUGGGUCCCCGCACAACGUUUCCUAGAUUUGACGGUGGUGGCAUGAGCUACUCAGGCUCAAACAUUGUCGAUGAUUCUAGAGGCUUGAAUAUGUACCCAAGCUCAAACAUUAUCGGGGUUUCUGUAGAGCAUGCGGCGCCGUACAGGUCUGAGGCAGAGCAGCCGGAACACCGCCCAUCCGUACAGACGUGCAUACCAUUGACACAGGCUCUGCAGUCUUGCAUUACAACAGCACAGUCUGGGCCACCGGCAGGCCAACAACAAGAAGAUAGGCCCGCGCAGAGGACCGCGGAAAACUCUGAGGCUCAAGUCCCGCUAGCACCGAGCCCGCUGUUCGAGCCCGCCCCAUUGCCGCGUAAGAGAUCUAGCAGGCCUUGGGAGUCUGACGAUGAGCCUACGCAUGAGAUCCAAGAUGCUCUAGAAGAUCGGGGGCCUAGACUUUAAUAGCCUAGGAAACAAAUUAUGGGCACGUUCACAAUAGGCUGCUCACACGCAGUGCACGAAGAUACUCAAAUACGGAGAUUAAUACUGUUCGUUGGAGCAGAAGAGUCCGAGCCUCUUAAGUUCUAUCUAUCUGGUUAUUGCGUGCGGGACGUACCGGUCAUAUCUCUUUACAUCACCUAGAUAGAUACGUUACCUACCUGCCUGCCUGCCUGCCGUUCCCUUUCCAAAGCUGCGGCUCCCAC